UAAAUUGUCGCCCAUCGAUGGAUCCAGCUUUUAUUCAACGGUCGCGCGUCCAGUCGUUCGGAUCACUGUUCUCUGUCUGUGCUGAAUAAGCCCUUCUGAAAAGGGACACCUCAAGAGAGAGAGAGAGAAGUUGUCCUUGGCAAAAGGGAAGCGAGGGAAGAAGUUCAAAGCCUACUACUAGUUCAAGUUCAAUUGCACAUUCAAGUGAUUCGAAGGGAAAACCUUAAACAAAAUAACUGGUUGUGAUAUUUGAAAAUUUAAAGUGAUCAGAAGAAAAAGUGAUUCGAGAUGUCGAUCAAGCAGGACGAUAAGGACUACUUCUACAUCGAUCUGGGGCAGGGUUACGAGAUCAAGGUCCAAGCGGACGAGUACACAGAUCCGGCCCUCAAGGCCAAGGCCGCUGCUGAGAUCAACGAAAGUCCGGAAGUGAUGGAAAGGGCACUGACCGAGCUGCGGGAACAGCUUCGCAAUGAACCCGGUCUCUUUCUGCCCCUCGAGAGCGAUGCCUUUCUGUUGCGUUUCUUGCGCCCCAAUCGCUACUCGGUCGAGGACACGCUCAAGAUGAUUCGCUGUGCCUAUCGGCUGAAGCAGCGCAGCAAGGAGUACUACGAGAACACCCCCAAUCCGAGCUCGGUGCGGCACGUUUUCGACCUGGGCAUGAUUUGGUUUAUGCCGGAGCGGGACAGCGACGGGGCGGCCAUUUGCGUCGUCGAGGUGGGAAAAAAAUGGGACACCUCGAAGGUGUCGAUCGUGGAGCUGAUCGCGGCCAUCCGGAUCUGUGUCGAGGCGGCGCUGCUCGAUCCGGAAACGCAGCUGUGCGGCAUGAAGGUGAUCUUCGACACCGAGGGCCUUUCGAUGUCCCAGAUCGCGCAGAACACCCCCAAGCAUGCCUGCAUGAUCCUGGACUGGGUGCAGAAGGCUUGCCCGUUCCGACUGAAGGGCGUUCACGUCGUCAACAACUCGAUGCUGUUCAAUGUGCUGUUUGCCAUCUUCAAGCCGUUCAUCUCCAAGGAGCUGCGCGAGAAGAUAUUCUUCCACAACAAAGACUGGAAAUCGUUGACCAAACAGAUCAAUCCGGACUGCUUGCGGCCCAAAUAUGGUGGCACGUGUGCCGCUCCCGAGUACGAAGGCCGUUUGAUUGCCGAUUUCCUGCAGCAUUAUGACAAAUACUUUGACACUCUUGACACCUACGGCUACCAAGACGACCGACGAUCCAAGUAGGCGCGAGCUGGACUUUGAAGAAACCGGCUAAAUUGUGAUCUAGAAUUACCAGACAGCAAUGCACAAAGCAAAUCCAGACAGAAUCCAGCUCGUGCAAGAGAAAACCUUGCAGAAGCUGGUGCGCUCAAUUGAACUCACUCGGAAGGUUCAAGUUCAUCGAGCGAUGAUCCGCUACCGAGUGAGGGUUUCUAGCUAGACUUAAUAGUAUUGAUAGUUUGUAAGAUUUUGCCAUUUUUCCUUUCGAUCGUUGGGUCGAUUCGAGUUUAGGACAGUAAAGUAAGUAGAUAGUUUGUUAACCGAUAGCGAUUUGC